GACCAAAAUCAUAUUUUAGCAUUUUUUUUUUUAAUAUAAUCGAGUGAAUUCAGAAACAAAAAAAAGACUAAUAUGAUAUAAUAUCAUCAUCAAUCACUAACAUUUUAUUAAUUUAUUCAACAAAAGAAAACUAACAAUUUAUUGCCUAUAAAAAAUAAAUAAAUAGAAUUCUCAACCGACUAAACCAUGAAUUCAAUAAAAAUAAAAUAAAAAAAAUAUGUAUAGACCCAUUAAGCUAAAACCAUGGACAAGAAGAUUCCAGCAAAUGCGGUAACAGCAACAAAAGUGUUGCUAAUAGAGAAUGCAGCAGAGGGUGACUCAGCUCCUGGCUGCUCUAGUCCGGGCCCACCUGGGCCUGAUGCUGGGCUAUUUGAGCCUGGUGCUGGUGGGGAAGAUGUGUUAGGGCUUGGGCCUGGAGAAGAAGAGGUUGAAGGAGAAACUGCAGGAGAGGGUGUUGGUGACCUUGUGGAGGAUGAUGGAACUGGUGCUGAAUUUGGUGAUAAUGAUUGUGUGGGUGCUGGUGCAGGAGCUUGUGCUAGGCAUGAGGUAGCCAAAAGACCUAAUAUCACAAACAAUUUGAUUGAAGAAAAACCCAUGUUGUAUAUAUUUUUUGAGAGAGAAAAAUGUUAAUUAGAAAUUUAGAACUAAAAAAAUGAGUAGUGAAAGAUGAUUAGAUUUGAGUU